AUGUGUAUACUUGGUCAUCACAAUGAUCUCACAAAUUUCCAACUCACAACAUUUCAGCUGCUGAAGUCCUACUCUACUUCCUACACAACUCACAUUCUCUUCCAAUCUCACACUUACUCCCUCCCACUAUACUUCUUUCAUCUCCUACAACCACCUCCUCAUCCUCAUCCCCUUUCUCCUUAUUACGACAUCGCAAUCGCCCACCUCCCCCCACAAACCCCCAUAAUCCCCUUCACAACCAAAGAUGAAGCCACAUCCCGCGCCGAAAUCCACGCCGACGCCCUUGCAGACGGCCACCUAAAAAACCAAUACCUAGUCUUCACAAACGUCCCCCAAUCCGCCAUGGACUACUGGUGCUGCUCCGACAAAGGCGUCCUCCACUCCGGCCGCUUCAACUACUCAAAGGCCAGUCAGAUCAUGGUGCUGAAAAUAACGAAGCCGGAUAUACCUCACGAAGUCCUCUGCGCUUGGGAUCAUGUCUGGCAUCUCAAAGAGUAUGAUAUCGGACUGUACGAGAAGGAGAAUCGGGAUGAGUAUUAUAUUUUCUAUGGCUAUCUUUCGCAAUUGAUAUUCGUCGAUAUGAUUAAGCAGACGGAUCGGUAUUAUCGUACUGGUCCGUUGAGAGGGGGAGGGUGUACUGUUGUUAUUGAGGCGGGGUUGCCUUGUGCGGAGGCGAGAUUGGAUUUUGAUGCGAGACGAUGGUUGGAGGCCGAGGGGGGCAAUGUUAGUAUGGCGGUUGCGGUUGUUGUUUGGGAGGUGUUGGAGAGGAUUGUUGUUAAGACUUGGGAGUAUGUGGGGACUGAGACUGGUGAGGAAGAGAAGGGGAAGGGGGAGAUAGCGUGUACGCAGGAGGUUGUUAUUCGGAGACGGAAUGGGAAGACGGUUAGUACUGGGGGUUUGAGGUUUCCGUUUAAGACGAUCUUUGGGAGGGAGCCGGAUCCGAACAAGCCUGUUGAAAGGGAUAUUGUUCUUGAGGAGAGUGAUCUGGUGAGGGUAGGGAAGAGAGCGUGGAGGGAGAUAUUUGGGAAGGAUGUCGAGGAUUGA